CCUGUUCAUGGUCAUGGGUCACAAGAACCAGCGGCUUUUAGACAGCUGAAGGAGACAGACCUGCACUUUGUUGAUGACCCUGAAGUGAAUCUCACCGACAUUGCCCUAACUCACUGGCUAGCUGUUGAAGGAGUGAUGAAGGUCUCACCUGCUGGAAGUUCCAACUCUCAAGGUUUGUUAUUAUGUUUAGCUAAAAAAAUGGAAUACACCCACUGCCUCACACAAAUUAAGAGAACGCAAAACCACCUACUGCAUGAAAAACUGGCAAAGGCACUUCAAGAUAUCAAAUCUAACCCUAACUUGGUUCCAAUAUUGUCCUACCUGAUCAGCUUUGUAGUCAAUGGGAUGAAAAAUCUGAGCCAUGAUCUGGGGCAUCUGACCACAAUGUUGAAUACUGUGCGUGCCUUACUCCACAACAAGUCAUUAUAUCUGAUGCAUAAACCUUAUCUAUCCACGAUUGUCCAGGGUGUCGAAUUCUGUGUGCUAGAGCCCCUGGCAGCAUCUAUCAAUGUUUUAAAUGACCACUGGGUUCUAAGGGACUAUGCUGCACGACUGUUAGCAGAGAUUGUUAAUCGAUGGAACAGCCCACAGAAUCAUCUACGUUUUAACACUGUGAAAUGUUUGAAAGAUGUUCUGCUGGAUACCACGAAACCUUUCUACUCACACUAUGGGGCCAUUAUGACUUUGGUGGCUAUGGGACACAAGACAAUAGAAGAUGUAGUGCUACAACACCUGCCACAGUACUGGCCCCAUUUGCAGGCAGCUAUGGAAGACACAUCCUCAGAGAAUGCAGUGGCUAGAUCUGACUCCCAUAAAGUCCAUGGUGCUCUGCGGCUGGCUGCAGAAAAGGUACUUCGCAGAAAUAUAAAGAAAUUUGAGGAGUAUUCUGUGUGCUGUAAAGAACAAAAUGAACUGCCUCAGCCUGUGAGCCAGCCUGAAAGCAUGGAGGACCUGUCAGAAGAUAUCAAACCUGGAGCAUCACAUUCUGACAUCAUCAAAGAGAGAACCAUUGUAGAACUUUAUAUGAGUUUAAAUGAAUACUUUGGUGACAGCUUGGCCCAUUGCCUGCCUCUCGUUGAAACUCAUCAUGUAUUCAAGCCAAUCAAGAAUGACGAUUUGGUCAAACUUGGUGAUGAAAAUACUAGCAAAAGUGGGGAAGAGCUACUAGACAAUCUUAUGGAACAGAUCAAGAUGGAGGAAAAAUUAGAACAAGAAAGGAAGGAAAGAGAGCUUCUUCAGCAAAAAGAAAAGGAAAAAAGAGAAAGGGAAAGGCAGGCUCGACAAAUCAUUGAACAAAAGAAAAGAGAAGAGGAGGAGAGAAAGAGAAAACUGAAGUUGGAUGAGGAGGAACAGAGGAGGAAGCGUCAGUGUUUAGAAAAAGUAGAUGAGCAGAAGAAGGUGAGAGACGAGGACAAGCGACAUAAAGAAUGGGCUGAGCAAAUGAAAGAAUUGAAUAAGAACCGGUCAAAACCACAGUGGCAGCAAGAGAUUAAACUUCGCAGCUUACAACUGGAAGAAGAGAUGCAAUACAGUCGAAUGCUUGAAGCUAAAAAGCGACAGGAGAGAAAAGAUCUUGCUCGUUUAGAAGAGGAGAAGGAAAAGUUAAGAAAGCAGAAACUAGAAGAAGAAGAGCUGCGGAGAAAAGAGGAGGAGGAUGAGCUUGCUGGUCGCUGCAGAGUGGGCCUCCGACGGAGAAAACCAGUCAAUUACACGGAAAAGGAUGAAGACAUUUCAGACUUGUUUGAAGACUCUAAAGUGAAAAAUAAAAAAGGUGCACUUCCACCUCGUCUCACCUCAGGCCUUCCGCAUCAUUCCGACAUUUCUGAUGAUUCAGAUGGAGACCUGGCGCGCAGACUUGCAGCCGGAAGUCUGAGCCCCGCAUCGGCAGAAGCUGGAGCUUUCAGCAAGGUCUUUGACCCCUCCAAGGGUUUAUUAAAGCUGAAAAUCAAACUACCGGCCCAUUCGUCCACACCUCCCCAUCCCAUGUCAGCCACUCCUCAACAUAUACCAUCAACUUACCAUUCUCCAUCAAUGACAAGUCCAGCAUAUUCGCCUAUCUCAGCUACUCACUCCACUCCACCACCUCCUCAUGCCACUUCACAGUCUCGCAGCAAAAGCUCAUCAGGUUCCGAAAAGGAAUCCAAGCAUAAAAAACCUGGCUGCAGUAAACAGCACCGGACAGGAAGCACAAGUUUGCCGGAUGUUUCUGAUUCAGAAGAGCAGCCGUUUGUCGAACAACAACAGAGUGCUCUGCCCUUACAUUUACACUCUCCUGGUUGUGAAAGUAGUGGUUCAGACUCAAACCCUCAUAGGAAAGCCCUCAAACUGAAACUAAAAUUGACGCCUAAAGAUUCUGCCUCUGAAUAG